GCGACUCAGUGAUGUUUCGAGCGUGGUUAGAUUCGUGUCAAGUGAGACGCGUCGGAAAAACGUGUCAUACGGUUCACGUAGAGCUUAACGAAUGCAACAUGCGCUAGGACAAUAACGGUUGGUAUUAAAUGAAGCCAGCCUUUUCGGAAGUUAAGAUUACACCGUGUAAUCAUAGCACUUGUACACGUGAGGGAAACUACCGACUGCGUCGUAGGUCUGGCGUUGGUGAUUCGACCGGCUGAAGGGCGUAAAUAGAAACGAGUUAUAAACAGCAUUCGUUUAUUGCGGUAUCUCGUACAUGUGAAUGGUGCACAGGAUUUAACUAUUCUAUGUAAUACCAAUGCUGUGAUUGGAACGAAGAUAUGAUGAAUGCGACUGCGUGUUUGGACGUAUCGAGCAGGGUAGACGCUGCCGGUGAAGAAAGAAGACAGACCGCCGACGGUCGAACGCAUUCGCUUAGCCAUUGAGUGACCCCGAUCAUCACCACCAUCACAGCCGUCAUCGUCAUCAUCAUCAUCGUUGCCGCAGCGGGACGGUAAAGCGGGCAGUGGCAGCAACGUAGCACCCACGUGCUGCACAAGCUAUGCCACUUGGUUCGUUCGGCAUGAAUGCCGACCGACCUUUGGCGUCAGCGAAAAAGGCCACUCGAGAAAUAUCUUUACUGCAACUCAUGCUUUACGUUCUCACGUGGGCUGGCGCUAUUAGCGUGAGAAUCGACCGUUUGUCAGUACCGAGUUCAGUCGAAAACGGUACGGCCGACUCGGUGAUACUCGAUUGCAUCUAUUCGUACAGCCACGAAGAUCAGCAAUUGGUUGUAAAGUGGUUCUUCAACCAGGACCCGAAGCCCAUCUACCAGUGGAUCCCAGAUCUAAAGAAAAGAUCGUACUCGUCGAAGUCUGGGUUUGACGGACAUAUAAAUCGGUCCUAUGUCGCCACUCAUGACCCGCUCACACGGUACCGAGCGUUGAAUAUUCUUCGGCCGACGACUGAAAUGAGCGGUACUUAUUCGUGUUCUGUCACCUCUCUACAGGGACAGGAUACUAGAGCCGCUGAUAUGAUCGUAUAUGCCAAACCUAAGAAAUUCGACCUAAGCUUUCAGCGGCCUGCGCACUCUGAGGAGACGCAAUUUCGCUGUUUGGUCGAGGGUAUUUUUCCUGAGCCACAGGUUCUUAUGUACAGAGUUGAACAGAUGCACAUUGCCGGUAACGAUUACUUAAACGUUGACAAUAUGACUCAAUUAAACUACUCGGUCCAGCCGGUGGCUGAAAUGGGUGUAGUGCGCGGAAGCGAUAAAACGGAGCUGGUGAACGCCCAGGCCCAGCAAAAGCGGGCUGCCCGUGAUGGAUAUUCUACGGUGCUCACCACAUCGUUGUCAAAUCGGCACUUUCGUAGCCAUUCGAGCUCAAGGCACCUGUUCUUUUGUGUUUAUUCAAUCCCGUCCACUGACAUUAAGCAGACGCGAGUACUCGAAUUUUAUCCAGAGAGAUACAUCUCGAAUUCAUGCGCCAUUAGCAUAUCGUUGUUGAGUAUAGUUCUAGGACUUGUACUCGACAGGACUAGAGACUGCUUCGUGGUCUAGGUGAUGAUCAACAUUUUAGAAAAGGAAGCUUGAAUACAAUGUUUGCAGAUAUAAGCCAUGAGAUCUAGUUGGCCGAGCGAACCAUCGCCGUAACUUAAUGGGAGUGAUGGACUAGUGCAUCGUACUUAAACGUUUUCACCGGUAGCCAGAUCCUAGCUAGCUAGGGAACUGAGCGCGAAUUCAGUGAAAGCAGCGCGACUGGAUUAGAGAAAAGGAUCUAUAAUAGAAAAACAGCAUGGCAGUGUGUCCAGAACAAUUCCUUUAUCAUAGCAAAAAUGAUGAUCGGAAGAAGUAGAAACGAAACUUCCAAUGAGUUUAAUGAGAAAGUUCCAAUGAGGCUAAAUAGUUCUAGUUCUUAAAUCGAAACGUCUCUCUGUGCUUCACAAUAUAUGGUAACUAACGAAAAACAUUUUCAUCUGAAAUGUUUAAGUUGGCGGAGUCAUUCUCUCCUGCUGAUUCCGUUGCCCUUUUUAUGAACACGGUACGAAUUUCGGCUCAUCGAAAUUGCACGAUGCCAAACGCCUUAUAAACCUCGUAAGUUGAUAGCGAACCUUCCAAGUCUUUCUCAGAUUGGUCGGCAGACAAAUGAAUCUCAACGUGAGCCAUCUUGAUGUAUCAGCUGAGAUGAGUAUUGCAAUAUUAAAGGAUAUGUAUAUGGGUGUUGUUCGAAAGUUCAGGAACACAACUAUUAUAUUUGUGUAUCAGAUAUUGAGUACGUAAUGCCGCUAUUCCGAGGACUCUAGCAAUCGUUACGGCUGGUCUAUUGUAGAACAGUUGUAGUGACUGGGACGGUAUUGCUUAACGCAAACAACAACAUAAGGAACAAAUAUGCUCUGUUUCCCAUGGGUACCCAGUACAGUUAAGUGAGCGUGACUGUCACGUCUAGUCUCAACCAGCGAUAACUGAUCAUACGUGAAGGUUAUCUGUCCUCAUACAACUCCGAUAGCUCGAGAACGAUUCAGAUUGUGACCACCGUAGCUGGGACCGCAUUGACAAACGGCUCUGACCAAAGGUCACCCACUUCUUCCCCUCUAUUCAUUUUCGUGUUCUUCUCUAUAACUUAUAUAUAUAUAUAUAUAUAUAUAUAUAUAUAUAUAUCUGGUUUGUUUGUUAAAUAUUCCUAGCAUCAAAUGGUUAUAAACAGCAUUCAGUCGGGAGCUUCAAAUCUUUUAGUCUUCAUCAGAUUUCAUUGCGUUUAUAGUCCUUUAGAAAGAAUGCAAUAGUAAUGAAAAAUAAUAAGAUCGACUAUUACUUUCUUUACUUAUAACCUUGCUGGAACGGAAGGUUGGACAGGCUUAAUCGAGGUCAGGAGACAAAGAAUGACGGAUCUAUUGACAUAGUUCAUUAGUACUGAACGUCAGAAAUGAGGGUCCGGUAUCAAUUCAAGGACGUAUUGUUGACGUAUCCGUAAUGCGUAAUUCUCUAUCUACUGAAUGAAUGAAUGAUGGCAAAUUAUGUGUAAGAAUGGCUAUAUUUCAAACCCAGGACGAAACUUGUCAUUGUGUCGUUAAUUUACAGUUGGAUUCAAGUGGAAUCUGCUUGGACUUUUUAAUGGUGACAUAGCAACAAAACAACGAAGAUAACACGACAGACGAGUAUUGCCAUUGAUUAGUAAUACCCCUUGAAACUCGCAAAAACAACUAAAUAACUCAAUCAGCGAUUGUCAAUGGUUUGGAUCGUUUACGCCAUUUAUUUACAAUGUGUAUAUAAUGCUAUACAAAGUAGUGGGCGAAGUGGGUAGAGCUUAUUUAAAAUAGGGCGACUACAGGUAACUCUAUAGUAAGAGGAAAGCAAUACGAUUGUACCUACGUACGGUGCUCGAAAUGAGGCUAAGGGUAGUCAUAUCUUGUUUUUCAACAGUUAGAUUUUAUCUAGGUUAAAAGGUACAUACGAUAUUAAAAAGUGCUGCUAUUUUCAUAAAAGUGACCGUUUCUAAUUUUGUCUUGAGCCCCAUACGUGGAACCAUAAUCCGUACGAAGCAAUAGAUCUGGCCAGAUAAGCUCUCAUAGGUGCGCCGAUGCAAAGUACUGGAUAAUGAGUAAUGCUAGAAUGAAGCAGGGAUGAAACCGACGUCAUGGCGGGCACCAUAAAUUGAUUUCAAAUCUUUCUUUGAUAAACACAAAUAGUAAAAUAUUUCCGAAUAAAAACGUCUACGUAUAUUUCUAUUCGUGUGCAUCUGUAUCAGAGCUCCUCGUAUGAUGACUAACAUCCAGGGGGCUAACAAAAGCAAUUUUUUCUUUAGUAUUACGGAUUGGGCUUCGGUGAUGGUUGCAUGCUAAGAAGUUAGGCGAGGAGCGUAGUAGGACGGCAACAGUGUUCAAAUGACAGUAUGUCAGAUCAAACAGGAUUGAGCGGACGAUAAAGAAAGUCAAAUGCUUUGAUCGAGGAAGAGGGCAUUUCAAGCAUAAGCCAUAAGUGCGGUGGCAGAAUGUUGACCAGGCGGAACAGGGAAAGUUCGUGCGGCACUGCUAUAACUUGAUAAAAUUUGAGGACACACUCUAUAGCGUCUGUAAAAAUGUAAAUUUACAUUUUAGGAUAAAACUCAAAUUACCAUGAUUAUUACGUAAUGUUGUUUUCAUUCGUCUGAAGAGGUAACGUGUCUAGAUGCCCUGAGGAGUAAUUAUUGUUUAUAUAUAGUUGUCGUACAAUGUGGAUCUGUAAAGUUGAACGUGGGGCAUAUUUAAGCGUGCAUAGCGUCAUAGGCGUCAACGCUACGGCUUG